GGCAUCUAGAUGAUGAUGGGCUGCCACAUGGAUUCUGCACAGUCACCUAUUCAUCAACAGACAGAUUUGAGGGAAACUUUGUGCACGGAGAAAAGAAUGGCCGUGGCAAGUUCUUCUUUUUUGAUGGAAGCACCCUGGAGGGGUACUAUGUUGAUGAUGCCCUGCAAGGCCAAGGAAUCUACACUUACGAGGAUGGAGUGGUCCUUCACGGCACAUACGUGGACGGAGAGCUGAAUGGCCCAGCCCAGGAGUACGACAGUGAUGGGCGGCUGAUAUUCAAAGGGCAAUACAAAGACAACAUUCGACACGGAGUCUGUUGGAUUUAUUACCCAGAUGGAGGCAGCCUUGUGGGGGAAGUGAAUGAAGAAGGGGAGAUGACUGGAGAGAAAAUAGCCUAUGUGUAUCCUGAUGGGAAGACUGCGUAUUCUGGAAUGUUCAUAGAUGGAGAAAUGAUAGAAGCAAAACUGGCAACUCUGACAGCUGUUGAGGAUGGGAAACCGCAAUUUGAAGUAGCACCAGGCAGCCCUGUAUACAGUUUUGACAAAUCUACUUCGUCCUGCAUUUCUACAAAUGCCCUUCUUCCUGACCCUUACGAGUCGGAGAGGGUGUACGUGGAUGUCUCUCUCAUUUCCAGUGCUGGAGAAGGAUUGUUUUCAAAGAUAGCAGCAGAGGCCAGUACAGUGAUGUCCUUCUACAACGGAGUGCGAAUUACACACCAGGAGGUGGACAGCAGAGACUGGGCCCUCAAUGGAAACACAAUAUCCCUGGAUGAUGAAACAGUCAUAGACGUGCCAGAGCCCUACAACCAUGCUGCCAAGUACUGUGCCUCGCUGGGGCACAAGGCCAACCAUUCGUUCACUCCCAACUGCAUCUACGACCCGUUUGUUCACCCUCGCUUUGGGCCCAUCAAGUGUAUCCGUACCAUCAGGGCUGUGGAGAAGGACGAAGAGCUGACAGUGACGUACGGGUACGAUCACAGCCCCCUGGGGCAGAACGGGCCCGAAGCACCCGAGUGGUACCAGCUGGAGCUGAAAGCUUUCCAGGCUGCCCAGCAGAAGUGAGUCGGGAGCGUCUUGGCACACCGAAACAGAACCUUGGAUCUAUGCACUACCUUUGUACUGAAAACUGGACAACCAG